UAAAAGGGUGUGCGCGGUCCAGAGGCACUGGCCAGAGCUGGGAGCUUGCGGAAGGGCGCGCCGGUCUGGUCUUGAGAGGUCGGAAGUCUCCGGAAGCCCUCCGCAUCCCUCCUUUUCGUUCACACACUCCAGCCUCACACGUUAGGCGUCUUCCCAUCAGAACGUGAGCCGGUGCCGGGAGGGUGGAGGUGGAUGUAGCUCACCGCCACGCUACCGCGGAAGAGCCAAAGCUGCUUUCUCAGCCACCGGAGAGCACGAAGAAGAAGAAGAUAUACUGGCAAGUUCUAGAAGGAUUCUACCAUUUUCUUCUUUACCAUGAGCAAAGUUGAAAAUUAAUGGGUAACAUUUUUGCAUGAAAACUGUUGAACAUUUUUUCUUCUUAUCUCUGAGUCCUUCUGUGGAGAAUUAAUAGGAGGUUGAAUUUGUGCAUGGAUAAAAUGGAUCAUCUUAAAAGAUUUAAGUGUCAAAAAUACAUCAUCAGGACUGGACACGUUUGAUAUAAUGAGAUUUCUAUUUUAGUUUGACUUCUAGAACUACGAAUAAACUAUAAAUUGAGCUAUGCAAGGUUCUAGGAAGGACGUUUCUCUUCUAAAAUAUUGUAGUUGCAUGUAACAUUUUUCUUCUUCAGGUCUUUGAAAAAGCGUAUUUCAUCAUCAAGUUCCUACAAAAUAAGACUGUUAGACCCUUGCCAAUUUUUAAUAUAUGAAGUAGGAUAGAAAGCAGCAAUCUAUAUCAUACUGGAAAACAAAUUUUAAUCAAAGAAACAGUCACCAGGAAGUAAGAAGAGUAAUCUCUACAUAAGUACUGGCUGAGAUGGCAGAAGCUCCUGUGGAUGCCUCAACUUUGCCUGUAACAGUGAAGAAAAAGAAAAGCCUAUCCAUUGAGGAAAAGAUCGACAUCAUAAAUGCAGUGGAAAGUGGCAAGAAAAAAGCAGAGAUUGCUGCUGAAUAUGGAAUAAAGAAAAAUUCAUUGUCUUCUAUUAUGAAGAAUAAAGACAAAGUUCUAGAAGCCUUUGAAUCUCUAAGAUUUGAUCCAAAAAGAAAAAGACUGAGAACUGCUUUUUACACAGAUCUGGAAGAGGCAUUAAUGAGGUGGUAUCGAAUUGCUCAGUGUCUAAAUGUACCAGUUAAUGGUCCAAUGUUGCGUCUAAAAGCUAAUGAUUUUGCCCAGAAGCUGGGCCAUAAUGAUUUUAAGUGCAGUAAUGGUUGGCUGGAUCGUUUUAAAUCCAGGUAUGGUUUAGUAUUCAGAGCUCAACCUGCAGAAGCUACAGGUGUAUCAGUAGACCCUUCAACUGUCUGGUACCAAAAUGUACUUCCUUAUUAUUUAAAUGAUUAUCAUCCUAAAAAUGUUUUUAAUAUAAAAGAGACUGGGCUGCUUUAUCGAAUGUUACCUACGAAUACAUUUGCAUUUAAAGGCGAAACAUGCUCAGUUGGAAAGUUAUGCAAAGACAGAAUAACUCUGGUGGUUGGCACAAACAUGGAUGGCUCAGAGAAACUUCCUUUGCUUGUCAUUGGAAAAAACAGAAGUCCACAUUGUUUCAAAGGUUUAAAAUCAUUGCCCGUGUGUUAUGAAGCUAACAGAAUGGCAUGGAUGACCUCAGAUGUAUUUGAACAAUGGAUGCGAAAGCUUGAUGAGAAAUUUCAAGCCCAGCAACGAAGAGUGGUGAUUUUUGUUGAGUCUUUUCCAGCACAUCCAGAGGUAAAUAACCUAAAGUCCAUUGAGUUAGCUUUCUUUCCAUCAUGUUUAUCUUCCAAAUGUGUAGCUAUGAAACAAGGCAUUAUUAAAAGCCUUAAAAUCAAAUAUCGACAGUGUCUUAUCAAGAAAUUUUUAAGUUCUGUUGAAGGUAGCAAAGAAUUUACAUUUUCACUACUGGAUGCAGUUGAUACAUUGCAUCUUUGCUGGAGAGCUGUAACCCCAGAGACUAUUGUUAAAAGCUAUGAAGAGGCAGGAUUCAAAUCUCAAAAGGGAGAAAGUGACAUAACAAAUGCAGAAAAGGAUACCAGUCUGGAUUUGGUUGCCCAUGCUCUGGGGGCAGGAGUAGAAUUUCCUGAAGGUUUAUGUAUAGAAGAGUAUGCUGCCCUGGAUGAUGAUUUGGAGACAUGUGAAACAGCACCAGAUGGUGAUUCUGUAUGCACCAAAGAAAGUAAAUCAGAUGAAACUGGAUUUUACACUUCUGAUGAAGAAGAUGAUGAUGGAUCUCCAGGAACUGAACUGCCUUUACCAUCAAAAUCUGAGGCAGUCACUGCUUUAGAUACUCUGAAAAAAUUUCUUAGAAGUCAAGAUAUUAAUGACGGACUUCAAAAUUCUUUAGCAGACCUUGAAAAUUUCAUUAACUCUUUAUCACUUAAGUAACUAUGUAUUACAUCUGAAGAGUUAUAGCUUUUCCUGAUACAUUUUAUUAUAUAAGGUAUGUAAAGGAGUUAUACCACUUAAACAUAAAAAAGUGAAAAACU